GUACCGGGCGGGACAGGCGCCGUGUAUACCGGUGGCAGUGAGGUGCAGUGAGUCCCAGUGAGUGCUGAGGGGGCCGGAUCCAGCUUGUGAGUCUCACACUUGGCGCUGCUGGGCGCAACGUUUCAUUGUGACGUCACCGCGCUGCGAGCUCCGGAGUGAUCCAUCCAAACAGGAGCAGCGGCGGCGGCUGGGAGCGGACCGGGAGCUUCUCACUGUGUGUGUGUGCGGAGGGAACUCGGCACGGCUCGGGGACACACUGCCACUCACACACAGCACCCUGCACAGCCUGUCCGACAGCCCCGGAGCCCGGCACCCCCUCCGCAUCGUGGGGAUAACUCGGCCGCCGGGCGGGGAGGGGGGGACAGCCGACAGCAUGAACCGAAGUUUCAGUAAGUCCCAGACCCUGCGCUGUGUGGACAGCAGCAACGUGGAGGUGAAGAGCAAGUAUGGAGCUGAGUUCAGAAGGUUCUCCUUAAACCGCCACAAACCAGGAACGUUUGAGGAAUUCUACAACCUUCUCCUCCACCUUCACAAUAUCUCUAACGUGGAUGUGAUGCUUGGCUAUGCAGAUGUCCACGGGGACCUCCUUCCAAUUAACAAUGACGACAAUUUUUGCAAAGCUGUAUCUAGUGCAAACCCACUGCUCAGAGUUUUUAUACAAAAACAAGAAGAAGUAGAUUACAGCACAUUCGGGACAGCUACGUUAAACAGGAGAAAGAAGAAUGCUUUGGUGGCCCUUCGCAAUGACAGUCUUCGCCAUAAGAAACCUCACAUUAAUAUCAGUAUGCCGCAUGACUUCAGACCCGUGUCCUCUAUCAUUGAUGUGGAUAUACUUCCGGAGACACACAGGAGGGUCAGACUAUACAGGCACGGAUGUGACAAGCCACUUGGGUUCUAUAUUCGUGAUGGAACUAGUGUCAGGGUGACUCCACAUGGUUUGGAGAAAGUGCCAGGAAUAUUCAUAUCCAGGAUGGUCCCUGGAGGUUUGGCUGAAAGCACAGGAUUGCUUGCUGUUAACGAUGAGGUUUUAGAAGUGAAUGGUAUUGAAGUUGCAGGAAAGACACUUGACCAGGUUACUGAUAUGAUGAUUGCAAACAGCCAUAACCUUAUAAUCACAGUCAAACCUGCAAACCAAAGGAACAAUGUCAUUCGGAGCAGCCGGAUGUCCGGAAGCUCUGGGCAAUCUACAGACAGCACAGCUAGCCAUCACAGCUUACCAUCUGCUCACCUUCUGCAGAAUUUCCACCCGGAUGAUAUGGAGAGUGACGAUGAUGCAGAUAUUGUUAUUGAGGGUAGCAUUGAACCUCGUAACAUUCCAAAAUCUCAAAGCCUCCCCUCAGGCAGCCUGUCCAGGAUUAAUGGCAGCAGCUUGAGCCACAGAUUAGAAAAGGACUUGAGCUUCAGCAAUUCUGGGCGAGAAAGUAAUGGAAGCAUUCACAAAAUACUUAGCAGUUUAAAAGCUGACCCUAGGAACAGCUUAGUGAUUCCCAAGGGGGGCAUAGAGGAAGAUGGCACUGUUAUUACACUCUAGGGAAUACCAAGCAUUGCAUGAUGACACAGCCAGAACUUGCAGAGCCAUUAACAUUUAGAAAGGAGGCCACUUAAAUAAUGUAGAAAUUCAGUGGUCAAUAUGGUACUUAGUGAUGUUUUACUCUGCUUCAGGAUGUAAAAGUAUUAACCUUGGACAUAUGAGUGUGCAGGACAGCUGGUUAGAGUUCAGCAUUCUCUCUGCCUUUUUGAACUGCACAUAGUCAACUUACCAAAGUAUCUCUUUUCAUACUGAACUAACCAAGAUUUUGUAAAUAAUGAAAACCAAAAUUUUAAUGUAGAAAUCAGGGGAACUGCAGCAUUUGGGUUUGGCUGCCACAAUGCCACUCAUUGGGUAUCCUGUACAUUUAUAUCAGUGGGAACAAACAUGUCGCAUCGUGUUUGUUUCUCUAUCCGUACACACUGAUAAGUACUAACAUUGUUUCAACUAAAGCUGCUGAGUUAGGUUUUCUAAUUUAAAAUAAUAACAAAACAAAACUUUUUUUUAAAAGCAAUUAUGUGUCCCAAUAAUGAGAUGUCUCUAUUUUUUGUAAGAAACAAGGCAGCAUAUUAUCAGGAUUUCUUGAAUCAACAGCACCACUUGCUGGUCAACUGUGGUACAACCUGUAAAACGUUAUUCCUUUCCUCUUAGUUGUGGUAUGGGAGAAACUUCCAUUUAGUGCCUCGAGGUUGCUUCAUAUUUUGUAUUUUUUUGUUUGUACCCUAUGAAUAUCAUAGUAUAAGUGUUACAUGCUGUCUCAGUAAUGUCUGACGUAUUUCCUGUGGAAUGUCAACAGAAAAAAAAAAUGGUUUUCAGAUUGGCUAACUCUUACUGUUACACUGUGGAACUUUUGAAAUAUUGCAAGGCCAAAACAUGUUUUAACUUAACUUACGGAACAUUCUUCUGUGUUACAUUCUAGUAAACACAGAUUUGAAUCAU